GGCCAGAGCAGCCCCAGCCGCUCCGGCGCCGGGCGAGUCACGGAGCCGAGGAGCCGCCAGCUCCGCUCCGCUCAGCUUCCCCCCGGACCCUCCGGCAAAUGACAGGCGCGAGUUGUCACCGCCCGGCUGCCGGGGACAAAAGCCACCAUGAGGGCCGUGCUCUGGGACCUGCUGCUGCUGUGCCUCUUCGCCCAGGCGCGGGGCGACUGCCGGGGCGACUGCCUGCACUGCGACCGCCAGCUCUACCGCGACAGCUUCGACGUCCUCAUCUGCAUCCUGGAGUGCGAAGGCGAAGCCGUGCCGAGGGCCACCUGGGAGCUGUGCGCGGCCGCCAGCCGAGCCGCCCCGCGGCCCCGCGACCUCGCCGCCGAGCCCUGGCCCGGCGCGGCUCCGGCGCUGCCGGCGGGCCCGGCCAACCCUCUCCAGGUCACCGAGCUGCUGCGGCGCCGCGGGGCCGACGCCGACGAGGCCGCGCCGGGCACCUUCCCGCAGCCUCCCGAGGAGGACAUUUCCCGGCGGCUCGGCCGCUUCCCGCCGGGAAUGGGCGGCUGGCGCCCGGCGCCGGCGGCCAAGGGGGUGCAGAAGAGGUACGGGGGCUUCAUCGGGGUGCGCAAGUCGGCUCGGAAGUGGAACAACCAGAAGAGGUUUAGCGAGUUCCUGAAGCAGUACCUGGGGAUGGCGCCGCGCUCCACGUUCCGGCACCGCUUCCCAGCACCUUCUGCCCGGCACAGGCAAAAUUAAACCCUGCUCCUGCCCCAGCCGCUCCAUCCUCUCUCUGCCGGACCCCAAAGCGCUUCAGACCCGAAAUCUCUUUGCUCUUCACCCACUUAAAGCCACAUUUAACCCCGGAGCCGACGAAUUCCGACGGGAGCGCGAAUUCCGACGGGAGGGAGGGAGGGAUCCACGCGGAACGGGCGGAAAUCGAUGCAAAGUACAGGAAAAACAAAAAACAACGGAAUUUUUGCCGGAAAAAAUUGGGGAUUUUUUUUUUUUUUUUUUUUUUUGGCGGGAGGUGGGGGCGGGGCUUUGGUUUUGGAGUUUGGGGUUUUUUUGGCCGAUUUGCGUCCAGCAAAAUCAACCCCGAAUUCCCAGAUUUUCCCAGCUCUGGAGAUGGGAUUUUGGCUUCCCGUGGGAUUCAUUCCCAACUUUCAAGGGUCGCAUCCCGACUCCCGCCCAGCUCCCCAAAAUUCUGUAAAUCCUCAUUUAUUUUCGUUUCAAUUCCCCCUCUUUUGUUUCGUUUUGUUGCCGCCAUUCCCCCCUUUUUCCGAGCGCUUUCCUUGGAAUUUCGUGACCACGCCGGGGCCGACGCCUUUGCUCUGCACCUCGACCCGCCAGCGCCUUCCCGGCGCGUCCCAACCCCAGAAAAUGUGGGAUUUCCCCACAUCAUUCCCAGGAGGACAAUCCAAAUCCGGCCGAUUCCCUCCUUCCCGCUUCAUCCCAAAAAAAAACCCCCACCCCCUUCCCGAAGUUUAUCCCGGCCUCACCCGCGGCGCCGCCGCCGUCGCCUUCCUUUGUUUAAAAAAAAACCACCAAAAAACCGUAAAAGACGAGAAUCCCGCUGGGAAAAAGCACCCAAAAAACCAAAAAAAAAAAAUAGGGAAAAAAUUCCAGGAUAAUCCCGAAAUGUUGUUGUUUUUAAUUGUUUCCUACAAAGAUUUCUCCAUUAAACUUGUACAUAGCAAAAGGAUUAAUAAAUCAGUUUACUGUUUCUACGAUCUGAUUGCGACUGGCCACCGUCACUCGGGCGUGAGCAGCUUCCCGCUGUCCCAUCCCACGGGAAUUCCUUGGAUUUACGGGGCUGGGGGAGAAAAAAAGUGGAGAUUUUGGGGUGUAUUUAAAAAAAUAAAAUCCAGGAAUGCCGUGGCGCGGAAGAGCUGCGGGAAGGGCGAUCCCGUUGGUGAGGAAUGGGGUGGAGCCAGGGGUGGGUGGAGCGGGGAAAUGGGAUAAAAAGUGGGGUUUUAGGGUUUGAGGGAGACAACGGGAAUUUCCACCUGGAUCCAUCCAUAGCUUUUUCCAGCUUUCCCCAGCAGCUGGAAAUUUGGGAUCGCCGUGGAUUUAGGGAUGGGAGCGGCAUCGCUGCCCCGCGUGGUGGCGGGGGGUGAGGAGGAGCCAUCCCAAGGGAAUUCCCAGGUUCUUCAGGACAGCGGUCGGCGAUUAAAAAAUUGAUUGGGAGAAGCCUCGGACUGGUGGGAGGGGAAUUUUUUUGGGAUUGGGGCGAGGUGGGAUCCGAGGUCCCCAAACUCCCUGCGGGAAUUGUAGGAAUUGCAUCCGUUUGGUGUUCCCGGGAUGCAAUUUUUAAUCUGGUUUUUCCCUGUUUUUCCCCUCCUGGGACCCCCCUUCAGCUCCAUCUCCUCUUCCCUCGCCUUUUCCAGUUCCUUUUCCACCUCCACAUCCAUGAAAAAAUAAAAUUCUAUCAAAUUA